AUGGAUCGAGAGCAAGAGGAGAGGCAGUUCCUUGGUUUCUUUGGCAUCGUCAAGGAAUCCAUCAAGCUCAUCUUCACAUGGCGGAAGAUCUUCAGCCAAAUCGCACUAGCCUUCGUCCUCCCUCUUUCCCUCGUUGGCUUAGCCAACAUCCAGAUUUCCGCCUUCCUCCUUGCAAAGAUCCACCAUGACGACGCUCCCGGAUACUAUGAGCUCUCCGAUUUUGUGACCUUGGACACAAUCCAGCUCUUGCUCUUUGCAGUCGUCUCCUCCGUCCUGGGCCUAAUCAUUUCUGUUCUUUCCAUGUCUGCGGUCAUGUGCACGACCGCGUUCGUGUACAGCUCGCAAUCCAUCACUUUCGGAGGAGUGAUGAGGGUCCUCCCAAAGGCGUGGAAGAGGCUCAUGACCACAAAUUUAUGGAUUUCUCUUGCUUUCCAAGUAUACAUGGUCGUGACUGUAGCGAUCAUCUAUCUCUUUGCCCUUAUUCCCUCUCUUGCCGUUGUACUAGCCCUAGUUUCCAUCUUCCUCAUCUUACAGAUCACUGGGUCGGUGUAUUUCAGCGUCAUUUCGGACUUGGCACGUUUGAUUUCAGUGGUAGAGGACGUCUAUGGUAUUGAUGCCAUGUUCAAGAGCAAAAAUCUGAUCAAGGGUAAGUUGGGUACCUCAGUAGCUAUCAGCCUCUUGCUAUCGAAUGUGUCCAUGCCAAUCCAAACAGUUUUGUACAUCUUUGUGGCCAACGGACAUGGAUCGGGAUUUCUAAGGUUCGGGGUUGCAAUUAUCUGUUUCUUGUUUCUGUUCAUGUUGCUCCUCUUCAGCCCCAUCGUGCAAACCGUGUUCUACUUCGUGUGCAAGUCGUACCACCACGAGAACAUCGACAAGUCGCCGCUGAUGGAUGAGCUCGAUGUCCAUCUUUUGGCCGAAUACCUUCCUCCUAAAGCCGACGAUGUCUAA